AUGACCUUCGACCAAGCCGAUUUCGCGCUGUACACGUUCUUCCGGUCCACGAGCACUGCUCGUGUCCGGACUGCGGCGAGAUUGAAGAAUAUCCCUGUACGCUUCUGCUAUGUCAAUGUCAGAAAGGACGAGCAGUUUCGAGAGGAGUUCCUGCGGUUGAACCCCAAUGCCACCGUCCCAGUGCUUACCGUGACCACCAAAUCUGGGAGUCCGCCAAAGGAGUCCAGCUUCUCCAUCAAGCAGUCGGUAGCUAUUCUGGAGUUCUUCGAGGAAGCAUUUCCCGGGAGAACGCCGCUGCUCCCGCCAAUGAGCGACCUUGUCGGACGCGCCUAUGUGCGGGACUUGGUCAACCUGGUCGCAGCCGACAUCCAACCACCCACCAAUCGCCGGAUUCUCCUGCGUGUAAAGGAGGCAGGGAUCACCGCAGAGGAAUGGGCAUUCAAGAUCAUGGGUGACGGCCUGAAGGCGUUUGACGAGAUAGCAAAACCAUUCGCGGGGAAAUAUAGCUACGGAGACACUCUGACGCUGGCAGACUUGGUCCUGGCUCCAGCAGUGGAGAAUGCUGUCCGGUACGGCGUGGACCUGGAGAAGCUGCCGACUGUAAAGAGGAUCUUUGACAGAAUCAGUGUGUUGGAAGAAUUCAAGGCUGCUGACUGGAGGCAUCAAGAAGACACGCCGCCUGAAGAGAUUAACCCCUGA